AUGGUAAAUUUUUACUACAACGAGUAUUUUGCGGAUGGCGAUGGUUCGACCGAUGAGGAGCUUGAGCAAGAGGCGGUUACGAGUGCUUGUGAACUAGCGGUGAGAUAUGUCAAGCAUUCUCGUCGGCCCCAAGCAGAAAAAAAUAAAAGAGGUUAUAUUGAAAGAGACCGACGCGCGGCACACGAUCGUUUAAUGAAAGAUUAUUUUGAUGAGGCGCCGACAUUUUCGAACGAAUUUUUUAGGCGUCGUUUCCGAAUGAGUAAGCGGUUGUUUCUACGCAUAGUCGCUGACUUGGAAGCCAACUACGAUUAUUUUAAACAAAAACCGGAUGCGAGAGGGGCACUUGGAUUUACCGGUAUCCAAAAGUGUACAUCGGCAUUACGAAUCCUUGCUUAUGGUAACACUACCGACAUCAACGACGAGUAUCUGAAAAUGGCGGAGAAAACAACACGAGACAGCUUGGAGCAUUUUUGUCGAGGUAUAAUUGAUGUGUACGGUGCGCGUUAUCUUAGAACGCCUACAUGGGACGACCUUCAAAAGAUUUACGAGGUACAUAAUGCUGAGCAUGGUUUGCCUGACGAAGGAAAGGCGAUAUGCCAGAACUAUGUGCCAGAAGCCGUUGAGGAGGAGCAUCCACAGGCGACAAUGGAUGAAAGAGUGAUUUGA